AUGACAUCCGAGAACAGCAAGAAGCUGCGCGCCGAGCUUUUCGAGGCCGGUCUCCAAAACCGUCGGGAAGUGGUCGGAGAAGCUUACGUUGAGACCGCUAUGCGCAAUGGCUCCAGCGAGUUUGCCUAUGCUCAGCAAGAACUGAUCACAGACAAAUCAGACAUCGGCAUGCUUAUUGCUCUCAAGAGCUGGGCCGAGUUCGGUAUCCAUAUACGGGGUGCUAUCAGAAACGGGCUUACCGAGCUCGAAAUUCGCGAAGCGAUCCUCCAGGCGACAGUAUACUGUGGUGCACCAGCCGGCGUUCAGGCUAUGAAAGUGGCCGAUGAAGUCCUCAAGGAUAUGAUUGAUAAGGGGGAGCAUCAGAGACAGAUGGCGGAAGUCUCACCUAAUUACAAAAAGCAAGCAUAG